GGUUUUUCAAGUAAGUAUUUAUUUAGAAAUUAAUGUGGCAAAGAAAAAAUAAUUUUGUGCUAGUUUUUUUAAGGAAGUGUGCAGCGAUGUUGCAAAUAGGAUAAGCAAGACAAGUUGUUAGUAAUCAGUUUUUCAGCUCAGCAUCAAACCAUUUUAGUAACUUUUUGAUGUAAAUAUUAAAUGUCUCAUUUGUGUUUUAGCACCUUUUUUUGCAUAUUUGCGAACUUCAUUGAGUAUUGAAACAGCAGAAAAGUAUUAAGGAGUUCUACAUGCAAAAAAUGGUUUUUCCUUCAAGUUUUAUAGAUUAUGAUUUAUGAUUUUCACACAUGAAAUGAUAGAUUUGAUAUGAUAGAUAACUGAUGAUCUGAUCAACAUUAAAUGAAGUUUUUGAUAUAUUACAUUAUUAAAUUUACUGUUUACUAUGAAAAUGACUUAUUGUAGAGUUAUGUUGUACAUUUUAGACAUGCUUUGUGCCAGUCACUGACCACCUUUCCAUGUCUGAUUUUUAACAGUCAUGCUAAGAAGAAGUGAACGCUUGAUAGAAAAUGGUUACUAUGACAUGUACGGGCAGCCAACUAUCUCAUACAGAGAAACGCCAAUCAGAAGGAGGCGCCAAAGACGUCCCCCUAUAAACCGCCCUGCAAAUUGGGAGGAACCAUUUAGAGAGAGGUUUCACAGUCGUGAGGAGCAAGAUAUAACGGACCAAGAAAACCAGAUGAUAGACAGUCUAAUACAAGAUGGUUAUAAUGUCUUUCACUUUGUCUUUGGCCUCUCCGUUGCUUUUGGUAAAUACUUUCCUUCUAAAAAUCAGUUUGUAAAUGUUAUAGAAAGUCUGUAUUUUGAAUGUUGUCUCACUGUCAUCUUCUGUUCAUGUUCAUCAGCUUGUAUUAUUUAUUUAUUUAUUUGGAUUAUUUCCCUGCACUCGCGACAUUCAGAGUUAUCUGUCAAACCAACUCUAACAGAUGUGGUUACAAUCUCUGGAAGUAAGUAUCAGGGACCUCUCUCCAGGCUGCAGUUGUUGGAGACAAAGCUUGAGCACCUUCUACCACAAGCAGAUUUAUGGCCCAACUUUGCUCUGGAGUCUGAAGGAGCAAUGAUUUUACACAAGACGACCUCAGAAACGUAUCAGAGUCAUAAAGUGUGUAGAUUGCUUGGGGCAUCUUUAAGGGUACCACCUAGAGGCCCAAACAUUGUUAUUAAGGGAAGAACUCGUCUGAAUCCAGGUGAAUGCUGGGCCUUUGCAGAUUUCCCGGGACGUUUAUCCAUCGCACUGACCCACAAAGCCACCGUCACUCAUGUGUCCCUGGGUCAUAUUCCCAAGAUUGUUUCCCCAACUUCCUCAAUCUCUAGUGCUCCUAAAGAAUUUUCUGUCUAUGGAAAGAAGAAUUUAGAAGAUGAGGAAUCUCACUUGGGAACUUUCCUAUAUGAUGAAGCUGGAGACCGAAUACAGACCUUCAAACUUCCUGCAGAUAAAGUUGGUUCAUUCAGCUUCAUAAAAUUACAAGUUAACACCAACUGGGGGAAUCCGGAUUAUACAUGCCUGUAUAACUUUAGAGUGCAUGGGGAACCGGCUGUUUGACGAAGACGACAACUGCCUUGCAGAAAAGAGGUUCAGACGAAAUAAAAGUGGCAUUCAUGGGUUCUCUCCGGGUACUCCGGCUUUCUCCCAUAGUAAAAACAUUACUGUUAGGUUAAUUGGUGUGUCCAAAAUUUUCUUGGGUGUGAGUGUGUGCUGCAUGGUUGACUGUCCUGUAGGUCUCGAAACAGAGCAGGAACCAUUAACACAUCUUAUUAAAUAAUUCUUAUUUUCUUAACCUGUUCCCAAAAAGCUCUGGUUUUGUUGCAUUGCCAUAAGCAAUGCAAUAGUGGCCCUUUAUCCACUACGUAUACACAAAUCUAGAAUGAUGGGGUUACAUUAUUCAGUUUUACAGGAGUGAUGUAUAUUCUCAUCGUUCAUUUAUAUUGUAAUAGUCUAGAUUUUGUUCUAAUGGAUUGAGAAUGAGAGCUGCACAAUGGCGCAGUUGGUAGCACUAUUGCCUUGCAGCAAAGAGGUACAGACAUAAUAAAAGUGGAACGCGUGGGUUCUCUCCGGGUACUCCGGCUUUCUCCCACAAUAAAAACAUGAUUGUUAGGUUAAUUGGUGUGUCCAAAAUCUCCUUGGGCGUGAGUGUGUGUCGCAUGGUUGUGUGUCCUGUAGGUCUCUAAACAGAGCAGGAACCAUUAACACAUCUUAAUGUGUUAAUAAGAAAAUUCUUAUUUUCUUAACCUGUUCCCAAAAAGCUCUGGUUUUGUUGCAUUGCCAUAAGCAAUGCAAUAGUGGCCCAUUAUCCAUCAUCCAUACACAAAUCUAGAAUGAUGGGGUUACAUUAUUCAGUUUUACAGGAGUGAUGUAUAUUCUCAUUGUUCAUUUAUACUGUAAUAGUCUAGAUUUUGUUCUCAUGGAUUGAGAAUGAGAGCUGCACAAUGACGCAGUUGGUAGCACUGUUGCCUUGCAGCAAAGAGGUACAGACAUAAUAAAAGUGGAACGUGUGGGUUCUCUCCGGGUACUCCGGCUUUCUCCCACAAUAAAAACAUGAUUGUUAGGCUAAUUGGUCAGUCCAAAAUCUCCUUAGGUGUGAGUGUGUGCUGCAUGGUUGACUGUCUUGUGUGCCACUGUUUUGCCCUGGGAUGGACUGGCAACCUGGAUUUUCCAUGUUGUGAAUUUAAGUCAUAUUUU